AUGUCGCUUUCUGACUUGCCGCCGCAUAUCAUCCCUGGCGCCUCAGACUAUCAGCAGACCCAACAGCCGCUGGGGCAGGCCAGCAGAAAUUGGGCCUACAAAUACUGCUUCCAGGCGCCCACACACUUCAUUCCCAUCAGCCGCCUCUCACUCUCAUCUUUUGGUCCCCCACAAGGCCCUCUCUCUCGGCUCCUCUGUUUGCGUGAAGAAGCGGCGGAAGCGAUGGCGCUCGCGUACAUGCUUGCUGCGGCGCUCGUGCUCGCGGCCGCGGGGCCGGCCGCGGCGCAGCCGACGAACGCGCUGCCCGGAAAGCCGCCGGUCGUGUUCAAUGGGACGGUGCUUCCCGACAGGACCUUCGUCGAGAGCACCUUCCUUCAAGUGGCCACCGGCUCCGCAGCCCGCCAGAGCUACAACGACUUCGACCUGUACAACUUCCUGACCAACACGGAGUGCCUGGAAGCCAGCUUCGAUUCGUGGGCGGCCUUUGGAGUGCCGCUCGACCCUGUUCUGGUCGCCGGAGGCCCCCCCCCGAUCGGCGCCAACCGGGCGAACAUCUCCCCCGAGCUGCUGCCGUUCGCACAGGAGACCGCCCGCGACGAGGCGGGCCACGUCAGGCUGAUCCGCGAGGCGAUCGCGGAUCUGGCCUCCCCGUGCCCCCUGCUCAACUUCACGGCGUUCGCGGACUACUUCGGGAACGCGGUCACGCGCAAGUUCGGCAAGAAGUACGCGGGGCCCCCCUUCUUCGACCCCUACUUCGAUGACGUCACCAUCUUCCUGGCCAUCUGGUCGCUCGAGGAGAUCGGCGCCACCGGGGAUAAGGGCAUCACGGUCCUUAUGGAGAACGCGACCAUGCGCGACGGCGCCGCGGGUCUGGCGGUGUCGGCGGGCUACCAGGCGGCCGCGCAGCGGUGGAUUCUGUGGGAGCGGCGCAACAGGCUGGUGGAGCCGUUCAAGCUGACCGUUGCCCAAGUCGCGGAGGCCAUCUCUGAGUAUCGCGACAGCCUGGACGGCCCGCAGGAUGACGACCAGCCACUGUUCUACAGGGGUGGCAUCAACAUCGUUCCCACUGACGCGAACGGCGUUACUUACUCGCGCACGCCUCAGCAGGUCCUGAGCAUUCUCACCUUCGGCGCCGAGGACGGCAAGGGCGGCUUCUUCCCCAACGGUGUGAACGGGCGCAUCAACCUGCCCACCCCCAUCGGCCCGGUUUACCGCAGCACCCGCCCGGGGACCGUUUACCCGGCCUACGACCAGACCGGUUUCGCUGACCCAAACACGGUUGACGAGCGCUUCGGCGAGACUCCGUUCCUUCCCGGAACUCCGUUCAACAGCGAGCCUCCGGCGCCGGACGUAGGGAUCCCCCCCGAGGCGAAGUUUGACGAGUACCUGAGGCAGAAACGUGCCCCGACUGUCCCGAAGCUGCCCUUUGGUCCUGCCCCGGGGCCUUCCCCCGAGCGCAAAGAGGAGGAGAAAAAGGAGGAGAGAAAGGAGGGGAGAAAUGAGGAGAGGAAGGAGGAGAGGAAGGAAGGGAAGAAGGACGAGAAAAAGGACAGGAAGGAGUAUAAGCCUUAG